AUGUCCUUUGCUCCCCACGCUCACCGUCUGAUCUGGCCGACGGCAAGGCGUGCGCAGGAGCAUUUGCGCAAAACGGAUGGCUUCCUGCCUGCUAGGUCUCCCUCGAUGGCAAGAUCGGAAAAGGAAACGCACGCCUCACUCGCCUCGCGACUGCGGUCGUUGCGCUUCUGCUGCGACUGGGCUCUGCGUGUCUCUGCAAAGUCGUGAAGGCGAGUGUGUGUGGGAACGGCGGCCAGUUAGCGUCACAGAAAACGAGCCCACCCGCGGACAAUGCACAUGCGACCAGCGAAACUGGGCCUCUCUGGAUCGCAACCCAUCCUUGCUCUGCCGCCCAUCCCACAAAGGGCCAGCCAGUGGUGGUGGGUGGCACGAUCGAAUGACACAAGGGAGCGGGAAGAGCAGGCAAAGUCCAGAGGAUAUAUGUGAUGCUUUUUUCCUCGCACUCCCGACGGUGGGACGGACGGCUGUUAUUCGCGCCGUACGGGAGGGCAAGAAGGGC